GAUACUUGAGGUGUUAGGUGGUGGUAGGUGCAAACUGUAUUCAACCGAUCAGCGCCACCUUCCCCUUCUCCUUCCUCUGUAAUUUCUCCUUCGCCGUUGUUUGUUAUUAGAGUUUGAGAUCGGGCUUGGGCAUCAUCGUCCGUCGCUCGAUGGCGUCUUCCUCGGCCCCCCCUCAAGUUCUGAGAUGCAAGGCUGCGGUGGCAUGGGGAGCAGGGGAGCCUCUGGUGAUGGAAGAGGUGGAGGUUGAUCCGCCCGGACCCAUGGAACUGCGCGUUAAGGUUGUCUGCACAUCGCUCUGCCGGAGCGACGUCAACCAAUGGGAGUCCCAGACUGCAGUUCCUAUUUUUCCUCGAAUAUAUGGACAUGAAGCAGCAGGAGUCGUUGAAAGUGUUGGUGAUGGAGUGGACGAAUUUAAGGUGGGAGAUCACGUACUUACUACAUUCAUAGGUGAAUGUGGUAAAUGUAGGCAUUGCGUUUCUGGUAAAAGCAACAUGUGCCAGCUGCUGGGAUUGGAAAGGAGAGGUCUAAUGCACAGCGAUCAGAAAACCCGGUUUUCUGUGAACGGGAAGCAUGUUUAUCACUAUUGUGGAGUAUCAAGCUUUAGUGAGUAUACAGUAGUACAUUGUCGGUGCGCUGUUAAGAUCCCUGUGACAGCCCCUAUGGACAAAUUGUGUCUUCUCAGCUGCGGUGUAGCUGCAGGGCUUGGUGCAGCUUGGAAAGUAGCAAAUGUGAUGGAAGGAUCCACAGUGGCCAUUUUUGGCCUUGGAACAGUUGGUCUUUCUGUUGCUCAAGGUGCCAAACUAAGAGGGGCAUCUCGUGUAAUCGGUGUAGAUACAAAUCCCAGAAAGUUUGAGAAAGGCAAAGCUUUCGGUGUAACAGAUUUCAUAAAUCCAAUUGAUAGCAGUGAGCCAGUUCAUCAGGUUAUUAGAGGUAUUACUGAUGGAGGAGUUGACUAUGCAUUUGAAUGUGUUGGUGAUACUGGAGUUGUUUCCACUGCCUUGCAAUCCUGCUGUGAUGGUUGGGGCUUGACAGUGAUUCUUGGGGUGCCAAAAAUGAAACCUGAGGUGUCUGCCCAUUAUGGACUACUGCUGUCAGGCAGAACCUUGAAGGGUACUUUAUUUGGUGGAUGGAAGCCCAAAUCUGAGUUGCCCAAGCUUGUGGAGAUGUACUUAAAUAAGGAUAUUCAGAUCGAUGAACUGAUCACAAAUAACUUCUCAUUUGAUGAUAUAAACGAAGCAUUCAACUUGAUGAAAGAAGGCAAAUGUUUGCGUUGUGUUAUCCACAUCAGCUAAUUUUGUUUCUUAGCAUGCCUCUGGGCUUCUUUCAUAUGCAUUGGUACUUGCCCAAGUUGUUGUUUCACUCUUUUAAUUGCUUGCAUUUGUCAUUUUCAUUAGAAAGAACUAUUCCUAGUCC